AUGAACGGCGUGCUGGACUGGGAGUUCACCUACGCAGCCCCCACAGGGUUUGCUUAUAGCCCGCCAUUCUGUUUACUACUCGAGCUUCCAGAACUCUGGAAACAGGGUUUAGAUGAUUGGUCAGCAAGAUAUGAGAAGGUGCUGCCGGUGUUUUUGAAAGUGUUGAAGGACAAAGAGCAAGGAGCAAUUGACCGAGGUAUCAUGAAAGGGAGCGAUCGACUGUCAGGAUAUAUGCUGAAAAGUUGGGAAAGUGGUGACUUCUGGCUUGAUUACGCUGCUAGAAAGAGCUGGGCAUUCGAUAUGAUAUACUGGGCCAAGAUCGAUCGGAGGUACUUUGGGAAUGGCAACUUGAGCGGUCGGGUCAAGCUCUUGACUCCUGAUGGGAGGGCGGAGAUGGAAGGGUUUGUGCAGAUGAAGUUGAAGGCUGAGGAGGAGGGUGGUCUACCUGAUUAA